AUGGCUAUGAUCGACGAGCCACUCUAUCCUAUAGCUAUUUUGAUAGAUGAACUGAAAAAUGAAGAUAUUCAGUUGCGGUUGAACUCCAUUCGAAGACUUUCUACGAUUGCAAGAGCUCUGGGCGAGGAAAGAACUAGGAAAGAAUUGAUCCCUUUUCUUAGUGAAAACAAUGAUGAUGACGAUGAGGUGCUUCUUGCAAUGGCUGAAGAAUUAGGAGUAUUUAUUCCCUACAUUGGUGGUGUUGAGUAUGCUCAUGUUCUGCUUCCUCCAUUGGAGACACUAUGCACUGUGGAGGAAACUUGUGUUAGAGAGAAGGCUGUGGAAUCAUUGUGCAGAAUUGGGACCCAAAUGAAGGAAAGCGAUUUAGUGGACUGGUUUGUUCCACUCGUCAAGGUAAGAAAAUUAAAAUAUUGUGUCCCUGUGAUCAUGAAUUUUUUGCCGGAAGUCAUUUUCUUGAGGUACUGUUACUUUUCGGGGUGCAUGAGUCAUUUUCCCAAAACUUGAAAACAACCUUCUACAAGCCCGGAGCGAACUAUAUGUCAUGCGAGCUUUUUUAAUUAGCUCGUAACAAAUUUUCCCUGUGAUCUGACAAAUUUUCCUGUUUAAUUAGCUCGUAACACAAGUAAUCUAUGAUUUUUUCCCUGAAAACCCUGGAAAUUAGCAAGUAGGACUUAUUUUGUUGUUUUUAUAUAAUCACUGGAUUGCUCUUCAUUUCUAAAUGUAUGACAUUAGUUGUCGCACAUCUGCCAUUUUGGUUUAUUUUUUCCUUAUUGUAUGUUCCUUGUGUAGAGACUUGCAGCUGGCGAGUGGUUUACUGCUCGAGUUUCUUCAUGUGGACUGUUUCAUAUUGCUUAUCCAAGUGCUCCUGAUCCUAUAAAGUCCGAAUUGAGGUCCAUAUAUGGCCAACUAUGCCAAGACGAUAUGCCAAUGGUUAGAAGAUCUGCUGCGUCCAAUUUAGGAAAGUUUGCAUCCGCUGUUGAACCAGGUCAUCUAAAGACAGAUAUCAUCCCCAUGUUUGAGGAUCUGACCCGAGAUGGUAUGUAUUAUUUGGUUGUUUGGGUUUGAUCUACUUCCAUUUCAAGCAGAUUGCAUCAGUCAUCCGUUUUUGAAAUUAUCUUCUGGCUAACUUUUAAAAUGAAGAUGGCUUAGUUCUUACAUUAGAUUCUCAUUUUUUUUCUAUUGCGAAUAUCUGUGCAUUAUGUUCAUUCUUUUAUUUUGUAUUUUAUUGAAAAUGCUUCAGAUUUAUUUUUUAUGCGACUGAUUUUCAUCUUCCAUGGACUUUUGUUUGUUCUAGAUCAAGAUUCUGUGCGGCUUUUGGCUGUUGAAGGAUGUGCAGCACUCGGAAAAUUGUUGGAAUCCCAGGACUGUAUCACUCAUAUUCUUCCUGUUAUCAUUAGUUUCUCACAGGUGUGCAUUAGCCUUCUUGUUGUAAUAAUUAUGUUUGUGGAAAGAUUCUCCUCUCAUUGGCAUGCAUUCAUCUUUUAGUUUCUAUAAGCAGAAAUAUGGGAAUCAUGUUCUCUUUUUAUGCUUCUGUUUCUUCUCCGAUCAACGAUAUCAUAUCUACCCUGAAAAUCAAAAUCAUGGUUUAUGACAGUCAUCAUGUGCACUAGUUUCUGUUUUGAUUGCAUUUUUUUCUUUCUUAUUGAAUAGGAUAAAUCGUGGCGAGUGCGCUACAUGGUGGCUAAUCAAUUAUAUGAGCUUUGUGAAGCUGUUGGUCCCGAGUUGACUAGGUAUCACGUAAAUUUUAUUUUCAAUGUCUGAUAUUAUUAUGAUUAAAUCUCUAAAUGCCAAGUGCCUAUUGUUGUUGUUAACUCUUAUUCUUAUUUUUUUUUCACAAUUUAAAACUAAUUUAUGCAUGUGAUACUCUACUAAUCUCGAAAACAACGGGGUCUAUAUAUUUAGACGUCAAUGCUAAUUUUUGGAAACUUUACUUUGUUAUUAAAUAUUUAUUUCUAUGUUUUUUCAUUUAACACAGUAAGCCAAUACUAAGAUUUUUUGGCAGAUGUUUUUUUUCAUAUUUAUUUCUUUAUAUCUUUCUUAGAGUUUAUUGGUCUUUUCAUAUUACGGUAAUAAAGUAGUCCGAUCUGAUAUUAUUAAAAUACUUACAAUAAUACAUAUUAGAUGCCAUGGUAAGAUAUGAAUCAUCUUACAAAGUUUUGAUUUGACUUUAGGUUUCCUACUCUAAAUUACCUAAUUAUUUGUUAUGACCAUAAUAUAAUGGUUUGAGUAAAAAUGUUGAGCAUAAAGAUACAGUUCACAUGCUAAUGGUACAUUUAUUUAGUUUUGCUUGAAAAACAGGGGAAUAAGGCGGAAAAAUGUGGAUCAAACAUGUAUGUUUUGUCUCCCUUGUACUGCUUGAAGAAUGGAGGGAAAGAAUGUAGAUCAAACAUGUAUGUUUCAUAUGUGAAAUAUUUUAUCAGCUACUGUUGUGUUGAAUGUUUAUGCAUGAUAUACAUUGCUUCGUCAAUGCAACCUAUUGAUUGGCCACUCUUACUGCGCAGAUUUUUUUUUGUUCAAUAAUAAAUUGCAUAACAUCAUCCAAAUGACCAUAUGAAUGAUAUAAUUCUUGUCAAUGACUAAUUGGUGCUUCUUAUCUUAUCUCUGUAUUAAAGGACGGAUUUGAUGCCUGCAUAUGUUCGGCUUCUUCGAGAUAAUGAGGCAGAAGUGCGGAUAGCAGCUGCUGGAAAGGUGACAAAGUUCUGUCGUAUCUUGGAACCUCAACUUGCUAUUCAGCACAUUCUUCCAUGUGUGAAGGUACGGAUACUGUCCAUUGCGAGAUAGAUCUUUUUUUGAAAAAUGCAAGGCCAGUGGUAUAUUUCUGGAUGAUUGGCUACCCUUUCUGCAUGAGUGACUACCCUCAUGUUUCAUCCCGCUUUUAUUUUAUGCAUGUUUCUUCAUGUGUUUGCUUACCAUAGGUUAUUUUGUGGCCAUUAGUUAAGACGAGGCGUAUAAACUACUUACAGAAUCUGUAAUUGCAUUUCAUUGGUUAAACGUUGCUUUCUUUUUUCAAAGUGAAUGGUGCGUUAAUUCAUUAGACUGCUGUUUCAAGUUACUUGCCUAUCAUCAUCUGUUACAUUUAUUCAGAGAUUACACAUUCAAUAUGAUAAAUCAUGAUAAUUAUAAACAAUAGAAAGGUAACGAAAUGUGAUGUUAUUUUAUGAAGGGAAAGAUACAUGCGCUGUAUCUCACACGUGAUUUGCUCCCUGUAGGAUGAUAUUUUUUUCGUCGUUUUAGGCCUCGUGCAUUACGAAUUUCAUGAAGCUUAUCUUAUAAACCUGAUCCUGACUAGGAUUUUUUGGUUCAGAUUUAAAGGCCUUGUUAAAUUUUUUUUGGCAGUUAAUCCGUCACGUCUUGUCCUUGUGUGGCUUAGUUUUGUACCAUGUAACAGUGAAACUGCUUGGUAUCCUUUUUUAUUUCCAAUACGGCCCGUCUGCUUCCAGUCAUGAUUUGUAUUUCAUGUCCAAUAUGUUCCAUUUUAAUCUGUUUUGUAUGGAACUUUUUGGCUGUAGGAAUUGUCAUCUGACUCUUCACAACAUGUUCGCUCAGCCUUAGCAUCAGUCAUCAUGGGAAUGGCACCAGUUCUGGGAAAGGUAUAUGCAUAUAUUUACUUUCUGAAAUGAAAGUGGGACCUUUUGCUUUGCAGUUUCUAAGGUGUUUCAUGAUUUACAUCUGAAGUGAAAGUCGGACCUUUUUCUCUUUUGUUUGUUGCUCAUGCAUCGUUCUUUGAUUUGUUCCCUUAAUGUUUUUUUGUCUAAUAUUUCUUUAUUAUGCUCCAUUUUUAUGAAUUUUGGUGAAGAUUUUGCAUGUAGGAUUAUAGAAUAUAUGACGUUAUCAUGGGAAAAAACUAGUCUGCUUCUCUUAAUGCCAUUUGUGUUUUCUUUUGCACAUUCAAUAAAUGAGAUUCUAUAUGUAGAAAGAGGACAACUCACUUACUUUGUUCCUUAUGUGCGCCAGGUGAUAAUUUCAUCUUGAUCAGCUAGACAGAGAAACCUUUCAUUAGGCCAAAAAAUCACAUAAAGCCUAAAAGUGAUGCAAGACAGUCUUGAUUACCAGUUUAAUCUUCUAGACGUCACUGACGUAAAACUUAUCUGAUUUGAUAUUUGGGGGGGCAUACGGAGUUCAGAUUCAAUGCAUAAUUUAAUGCGACAAACUGUCCUCAGAAUGAUAAGAAAACACGUUUCUCAGCAUUGUGUAUGGUAAUCGAGAACCAAAUUUGAUUGUGGUGAUCAGCUGCCACUUGAUCGACUUCCAUAGAAUUCUCUUAACAUAUUGCCCUGACUUGCGUGAUCUUAGUCUAUAUUUGGAAUUUGAACUAUCAAAUCAAUCCCGCUAACAUGAUAAGAGUCCGAUUCUUUAUAUCAAUUUGUGGAUGAAUUAUCUUGUUGGAUGGCAGAAACCACCACUGGUACACAGCUGAGCCAAAAAAAACCUAAAUCCAUUUUUGAAGUACGUGAAGCUGAGUCACGAGUCUUCUAGCAAUUGAGAUACCAAUGAGAUGAAUGUGUUUCCUUUUUGUUGCUCCUAUUUCUUCUCCUCUUUUCCAAUCUCGUCUAAAUAAACUACAGGUUUCUUGUAUAUUCUUACUUUCAGCAGCGACAGUUUUUCAACCAUGGCUCAGUUGUUUGCUUCUGGCCGUUUUGUUUUUCUUUGUGGAUUUGAUUCUUACUUUUAGUGUCUCUUCAUCCGUAAGGAAUACGGUUACGAGUCACCAGAGUGGAUAUUCUUAUUGUUUUUUUUUAUAUAUUUAAAAUGUUGUUUUUGUCUUUAAGUGAUUAACGGAAUACCAAAAAUUCUGAUUGUACGAAAUUGGUCUCAGUCAAACUAUUCUGUCUUCUCACAAUAUUUAAUACAUGUACCUGUAGUAAAUACCUUUUUUACUGGCGAAACUAAUGGUUUGUAUAUUGUAGGAUGCCACAAUCGAGCAGCUGCUGCCAAUAUUUCUCUCUCUUUUGAAAGAUGAAUUUCCUGAUGUCCGAUUGAAUAUAAUUAGCAAACUCGACCAAGUGAAUCAGGUUUGAAUUUUUUUUCCCGUGUUUUUUUGUUCGAAGUGAAACAGUUUAUUGCCGUUGCCCAUGGACAUAAUCUUUUACUUUUUUUGAUAGUUUAAUUGGAGCCUUCUGUUUUGAUGCAUUUCAUCAUUGCUUUCUUUUUAUUGGUAAUAUAAUUGUGGUCUCAUGGUUAAGGGAAUUGAUUUAAUCGAGUACAUUUUUCCUGGUGAUGUUAUUUCUUUAAUCGAUAUUACAUUAUUUAGGGAAGUGGAGUGGAUGUUGUGGUAUCUGAUAUGUAUUUUGUAGAUCAUGUUGGUAGCAUUCAAAUAUAUCCCGUUGGAUCUGCACGUUUUUGGGGUUCUAACACCUGUUACUUUAUUUUAAUCUAAAAUGUUGUGUUUUAAAUAGGUAAAAAGCUGAAGUGUUGCUAAUCUGAUGGUCGCUUGGAUGGAUGUAGUUGCAAAUAGUUCCCUGGCGACUUGUAAAGAUCAUACACCAUACUUGACGCCAUUGAUUGCCAUUCUUUCAUGGGUGUUUAGUAUCAAGCACCAUCUAUAUACUACAAAGAAUACUUAUGUCUAUUAUAUUUAUCCUUUUUAAGAUUUUUCCCAGGAAUGAGCAAGACAUAUCCUACAAACGUACACCGUGGAUGUUAGCUUGUUUAGUUUAUCAAAAGUUAACUGAUUUUGCCAGCUUUUGCCGUCAAAAUUAUGGGAAAGCAAAUCGACAAUUCGGCCUUUGCUUCUUUCAUUUACUCUUAAACCACCAAGGGGCAAAUAGUGGAAAACUAAUAAUGGAAAAAUGAAAAAUGAUUACUGCGGGCUAAAUUUAGACGUGUUACCUGAAUUUGUUGCGGAAGAUACUAGUUUUACUAUUACAGUCUGUAUUAACGUUUGUUCUGGUUGCACUGGAACGUGUGAACAUCCGGUACUUUAGGGAGACGAAGAUUGGAAUUAGCUUGCAAUUGUUUUCAGAUCGUGGGCACCUUUUCUUCUAAUGAGAUAGAUUCUUUAUUUCACACCAACACCUCGAUUACAAUGCGCAUAUAAUGAGAGGUGUCCUGGUAAGAGCACUUUGGUUUGUGGCAAUGGUGGCCGUUAGUCGAAUGUCAUGGUGGUGUCUUGAUCUUCCUUUGAAACGGAAGAGGAGGAAAAAAUUGCAUUGUCCUGUUAGUUUUUCCUUCUUGGAGUGCAAACUUGUUCGAGGCUGGCAGGGUUUCACUUUUGCAGCUGGGGGAAGAGCCAGAGAAGGAGAAGAGUUAGAGCAGUAGGUCUCCAGCUGCAGUCGUCGAUGGAAGAAGAAUCGGGAAGGAGGUGUCAGUGUGCAAAGCAUAAAUGGAGAAUUACUAAAACAAACGCUUCAUCUACCUUGACAUGCGGCUUUCUUUGGUGCCCCACAUUCUCGAGAUAUUUAUCGUCUUCCACCCCAACCUUCCAAGAAUGGCCAUGUAUUUGUUUUGGGAAGGGAAACAAUCAAAGGGAGAAGGGGGGGGGGGCUUUAUCUUAAAGAUUCAUCUGUUUUUGUGACAGGUUUUUAUAACAUGCCCAAAGUGUCUUAUUUUUUAUUUGCCAAUCUGUCGACAGUCUUGAUCAGGAAUAAAUUUGGACCGAGCCUAUCUGGGAUAUUAUCUUCCUCCAGCAUUGUCUUUGCUAUUAGACAAAGAUAACUAAUUGAUUUUAUUUUAAACGAAUAUAACCUAUAUUUCUGGCUCGAAUUUUAUUUUACUCUUGAACAGUUUUAAAGUAAUUAAUUUCUAAAGUGUUAUAACCAAACGUGAUAUCUUUUGUAGGUGAUCGGUGUGGACCUAUUGUCCCAGUCAUUGUUGCCGGCCAUUGUGGAGCUUGCGGAGGACAGACAUUGGCGUGUUCGCCUUGCUAUAAUUGAGUACAUCCCACUGUUAGCAAGCCAGCUGGGUGUGGGCUUUUUCAAUGAAGAACUUGGGACACUUUGUAUGCAGUGGUUGGAAGAUAAGGUACGUGAUAAUCUCUUUGUUUGCGACUGCAACUGUCUCUAGUAUUGAAGUCGGUUCCAACUCCUGUGCUUCUUUAAAACCGUUAUCAUGUCUUCCUUCCGAUGCAGCCACGAGUUCCAUCCUACCAUCAUUAUGCCUUCUGACGAUCUGCGUUACUUACUUUGAAAAGCGGUGUUCGAUCAAACGAUCGCUUCAUUCUGAUCAAUGAGAAACCUCUUCUCCUCUGGUAAAAUGCCAGCAGUUGAAGUGGGAUUCUGUUUGAUAAAAGAGACGUAACUAAUAUUUCAAUUUUCGUUUUAUUCAAAUACUUUUUAUUUUUAUUUUUGAGGAACUUUUGUUUCCACGUUAACCUGAGGCUUUUCUCAAUUUAUUUAUUUUAUUUUAUUUUUAUUUUUAUUUUUUUGUUGCGGUGAUAGACUAUCGUUAAGUAGGCUCUUCGGUUUGUUGUGAUCAUCUGGGGUAUCCAAUGAGUUGUUCUUGGAAAACUACAGGUUUACUCAAUUCGUGAUGCAGCAGCUAAUAACUUGAAGCGUCUCGCUGAGGAAUUCGGCCCAGAAUGGGCUUUGCAGCAUAUUAUUCCUCAGGUGAUCUUUCUUACUUGUUACUCUUGCAGAUCAUCUGUCAUUGUUUGCCUCUCCAUUGUAUGUUACAUCACACAAACCACUCUUUUGCUUCUGAUCGCGAAUCGUCUCUUCUUCUUCUUCUUCUUCUUCCUUUUCUUUUUUUUUUUUCUUGUUGGAUGUGCUGGGGGUUCUGAAAACUGUGCAGAUUAUGGAGAAGAUCAGCAACCCGCACUACCUCCACCGGAUGACCAUCCUGCACGCCAUUUCUUUGCUUGCUCCCGUCAUGGGCUCGGAAAUCACCAGCCAAAAGCUGUUGCCAGUGAUCGUCACCGCUUCGAAAGAUAGGUGACUCCUCAGACGAGCAAAUCACACUUGUUCUUCUUCUUCUUCUUCUUCUUCUUCUUCUUCCUGUUCAUUGGCUUGGACUGGACUUUCUCUCUUGCAGAGUACCCAACAUUAAGUUCAACGUGGCAAAGGUCUUGCAGUCUCUCAUUCCAAUACUUCAGCAACCUGUGAGUAAAUCUCUCUCUCUCUCUCUCUCUCUCUCUCUCUCUCUCUCUCUCUCUCUCUCUCGUCUCACAUGUAUACACAUGCUUAGCAGCUGGUCUAACUACUGAUUUGGUUAUCGGAAGGUCGUGGAGCAGACGGUGAGACCCGCCCUGGUGGAGCUGAGCGAGGACCCCGACGUGGACGUGAGGUACUUCGCCAGCCAGGCUCUCCACGCCUGCGACAACGUCAUGAUGUCAGCCUAG